GUUGGAUCCUGCACCGGCUUCAUCAAGGUGCAGCGGAAGCUGGUGCGCCCCGUCUCGGUGCCGGCCACCAAGCGAGUCCCCUCCCUGCAGGCGGGGCGUCCGCGCUCCCAGGGGGUGAAGCGCCGCACGUCCUUCUACCUGCCCAAGGGCACCGUCAAGCACCUGCACAUCCUCUCGCACACGCGGGCCAGCGAGGUCAUCGACGCCCUCCUCCGCAAGUUCACCGUCAUCGACAACCCCCGCAAGUUUGCCCUCUUUGAGAGGUCCGAGAAGGAUGAGCAAGUGUCCCUGCGUAAGCGGGCUGCCGAGGAGCACCCCCUGCGGCUGCGGCUGCUGGCUGGCCCCAGUGAGAAGGUGCUGAGCUUCAUCCUGAAGGAGAACGAGACCGGGGAGGUGAACUGGGACGCCUUCACACUGCCGGAGCUGCAAAACUUCCUGCGCAUCCUGCAGCGG